AUGCAGUUUGUCACAUAUUGGACCCUUCUAGCAUUCAUUGAUUUUCUCGCCGUAUUCCUGAAUUCUCUCCUGAUCUUCUUGGCGAUUUUCAAGACUCCCAAGGCUGUCAAAAUCUACACGCUAUUAAUAAUCAAUAUUGGAUUAGCGGAUUGUUGUGCGGCUUUGGCGAAUCUGAUAAUUCAAGUGCGUAUGAUACCAAUCGGCGAUUGUCUAGUUACGAUUAAUUAUGGGGUUUGUCGAAUUCUUGGGCGACGUUUUUGCUUCGCUGGAUAUACCGUGAUGGCUCAUGCUAUAACACAUUCAAAUACCUCGAAAUUCCUCUCAUUCGCCUAUCGAUAUUAUAUUUUAUUUCACAAUGAGCCCAAGAGAACUCAAGUUAUCCUAGUUAUCCUUGCCAAUUAUUUGCCCUCCUUUACCUCGAUGAUUCUAUAUAAUUUUGCACUUGCCUCACCAGAAAUACUCAUAUCUGAAGUUAUGAAGAAACAUAGUUAUCCUAACUUAACUGAUUUAUGUGUCACUGGUGUUGAAGACAUAAGUAAUCCCUUCGCUCUCCCGUUGGUAAUUAAUAUGACAUAUAUCCCAAUCCCAAUGUUUUUGGGAAUUCUUCAACUUCGCAAGAAAAUUCUGAAACGCCUUGAAGUCAAAGAUUACGAGCUAUCGAUUACAACAAAAGCGAUGCAUUCACAACUUUUAAAUGCGCUAACUUAUCAAGCAAUAAUUCCUUGUAUUUAUAUCAGCAACUUGGUUAUGUAUAUUUUGGAACAGUUUGGUGGGUAUUCAAAUGAAUUUAUGGAGAUUUAUAUGUUUGCUGGUUUGGUUGUUAUACCGCUUUUCUCACCUUUUCCCUCGUUUUUGUUCUUCAAACCUUAUCGAACUUUCUUUUCGAAUGUUUUUAAGGCUUCUUUGGGUAAGAAGGUGAAGAAAGAGAGUUCCAAAAGUGUUGUCACUUAUUUUUGA